UUGACAUUGACAAUUAAUUAUUACAAUAUUAUUUUUCUGAUAUAAGUAUUGCGUUUAACUCUAAAGUAAAGUAAUAUAAUUAUUUUUUAACUUAUUAACUCAAGUAGUCUUCUUAUUUAAAAAUAUAUAAUAAUUGUUAUUCAAGAUGGGGAAAGGUUUUAAUAAUUAUAUGUGCAAGAAAUUCUUUCACCCAGCAUCCAGGGACAACUUAAAAAGAGUAUGGAUGGCAGAACAAAAAACUGAGGCUUAUAAGAAGAAACAAGAAGAAUUGCGUGUUCAGUAUGAGAAAGAGCAGGAACUUCAUGAAAAUAAAGCAUUGCUGAGUAAGGACAGUAAAGACAAACUGAGUUUAAACUUUAUGUAUGAGCCUCCACCGGGCGUGAAGAAAGAAAGAGAAAGGGAAGACAAUGAGCCUGAAUAUAAAUUUGAGUGGCAGCGCAAAUACAAUGCUCCUAGAGAGAGUUACUGCAAAGGUGACAAUGAGAUUCGGGACCAACCCUUUGGUAUACUGGUCAGAAAUGUCAGGUGUAUCAAAUGUCACAAGUGGGGUCACAUAAACACUGAUAAAGAAUGUUCAAUGUACACUCUUUCAAUGAGUGAGGCUCGAGCGCUGCAGGCUGCAUCUUCCACCACUCAAGAAGAAGAGGAAGAAAAGCCUGAUGUACCUACAUUGAUGCAGCAGAUGAGAGAUACUGGCUUGGUUAUGAAGCCAGGAGCACUUCCUUUAGCUGCCACAAAAAUAGAAGAUGAUCCUUCUGGUUUAACUGAAAUGGAUCUAAUCAGUCAGUUGACUAAGAAGCAAAAGAAGAAAUUGUUAAAGAAAUUGGAGAAGAUGGAAAAGAAAAAGGUUAAGAAAGAGAAGAAACACAAACACAGUUCUAAGUAUUAAACUGAAAGUUAAAAGAAAAGGUGAAUUUAGUUGGAAACUUGAUUAUUUUGUAUUUUAACAUCUGAUAAAAACCUUUCUAUUUAUGAAAA